AUGCCGCCUCGGCACUUUUCCAGGUAUAUCUUUGUUGGCGCAGUCUUCUUGGUCGGCAUCGUCAUCUUUUCCGCCACUUCACAGACAGCCUCCGGCGUCGUCAGUGAUCAGUUGGCCUAUGCGGAUAAUCUUCGAGGGUCAAUCCCCAAGCUCAAUGUCCCGGGGUUUCGCUUCUCAUUCCAGAGCUCAGUGCACAAACCCCCCGAGCAGAAGAACAGCACGCACGGCGAUAGCUCGUGGUACAGCGACUGGAAAUGGCUGAAUCCAUUUUCAUCCUCUGUGACGCUCGAUGAGGACCGUGUCGUCCUUCCGCCCCUCGCCCAACGGCCUCCUGUGUACACAUUUUACGACACAACCAUCAAAAGAGAUGAGAAUACCAAGAAGGUGGACAAAGAACUACUGUUGACAUGGCGUCGGGCCUGGUGGGCGCAUGGUUUCCGGCCGAUCAUCCUCACCGAGGCAGAGGCCAUGAGCCAUCCAUUGUACCAAACUCUCCAACAGAAAGGCAUGCCCACGGCUCUGGAACAAGAUUUUAGACAAUGGCUGGCAUGGGCCCACAUGGGGACAGGAUUGCUCUCCAGUUGGUACUGUCUGCCCAUGGCUGCAUACGAUGAUCUUCUGCUGGCCCAUCUCCGGCGAGGGCAGUACCCAAAUCUGAUCAAAUUUGAAGGCUUGGGGUCGGGUCUGUUCGCAGGGGAGCAAAUCCAGAUUAACGACGCCAUCAAGUCGGCACUGGACAGCGUCAAGUUGAGCACUUUCACAACGGUGGUCGAAGCUAUAGAUUCGGAACGCUUCAAGGUUGAACAGCCAACAUCGAUUGCACACUACGAUUCGCAGACCAUAACCUCCAAAUAUCCCAUCCUAGCAGAACUAAUCGUCCAGGAUCCUCUCAAGGGUCGACUUUCUCUCAAUCAACUGAUAAUCGCCCAUCUGCACACCAUCUGGCAGAACAGUUUCAGCACCGGCAUCGCCGUCUUGCAACCGCUCGCUGCCCACACCUUCUCCUUGGUGAAACCUGCAAAGGAUCUGGCCCGUCUUCUUGCCGAGUGUCCAAGCUCGAUUCUACAGUCAUCUUGUCCGCCGAACCGGCCCAGAUGCAGUCCCUGUGUCGGCACCAAGUUGAGGAUCAACACUGCCCCUUCAUUCCGCAACACUUCUUCCUUGUUCACCAUCGGGGUCGUCCCCCAUCCCUACACUAUGAUCACGCUCGCCAACCGCUCAGAUUCGAUUACGGUCGCCCAUAUACGACGUCACACCGAACGCGAUCCUUGGAUUACCGCCGUCACCCGAGAUCUCCUAGGCGAUGCACGAGGAGGUCCUAGUCGAGUGGUGGCAUUGAAAGACGCCGUGGCGUCAGAAUAUGGUAGCACCCGGUCGCUAUGGUUCACGACCGAGCACUUCCCUGCAUCUUUUUGGCCACCUCCGCCUCCACCAAAGUCGCCGACCAACGACCCUCAUCCGGUCGAGGAGAAAGUCUCGCCAUUCCCUGAAGACUGGCUUGAGAACCUUGAUUGGCACUUUGGAUUUCCGGUUCCUAGGACAGGGAUCUCUCAUGGCGAGUCUCUGCCUCCGGUACCCGGACCUGAGCGUUGGGCCAAAUCUCCUGCUGGUCUUCCAGCCGAGCGUAAGAAGAGCUCCGAUCCGGACCCACCCUCAGAAGAGCAGGCGGCAGUCGAGGUGGAGCUUCUGCGCAAGGCUAGGGAGACCAUUAAUAGCAAAGACCCGGCUGUGGUCAAGAUCCGCAGUGUGGCAGAGGCAUGGAACUUGGCCGACACAGAAGCAUGGAAAUUCGUGAAGAGCUUCCGUGCCCGGCAAGUCGUGGAAAGACUGCAGUUUGAGGAAGAAGAAUCGGCAUAUGAAGCUGGAGGCAGUGUGAGAGGCAAAUCUCGAUGGUGGGGAUAA